AUGUCCAAGGAAAGGCUGGGCUCCAAGGAGCCCCGCGCUCGCAUGGGAGCCAGCGAGGUUCAGAGGUUACCCCGGGACCGCAGCGGGAAGCUGAUCACGCCACCGACGACCAGCCCUUCCUCGCACCUCUUCUUUCGCUGGGGGGAGGCUCAGAAGGACCUUGCCGAGCAGAACGCGAGGACUUUGGAGCAAAUUGAGAGCCAGGGCGAGCUUCAAGACGAGGAGCCCCCUGAGCUGCUCUGCGAGAUCCCUGUGGCGCAGAACCACGUGCUUCGGAUCCUGCGGCAGCUUCCUUUGGGCUCCUCCUUCUCGGACUGGGGUCCAAGUGUGGCCGUGUGUGAUCAGGUGAUCGAGAAUCAUCGGAGUUGGUUGCGGGCGGGUUGCCGGGUUUUGGAGCUGGGCUGCGGCAUCGGCUUGCCGAGCCUCGUCUGUGCGGCCUUGGGCGCACGUGUGGUGGCCACAGACCUCCCAUCAAACAUCGAGGACAUGGAGCAGAACAGUGCUGCAAAUGGCUGGCCCCAAGCCGUCUGGCGGGUCGUGGGUGGUGGCUCAGAAGGCAUCCCAGCGACCAAGGAGCGCGGAGGGAAGAUCGAGAAGGAGCGCUUAUCUCAGGACGCCUUGGUGGAGGAGCUGGAGCUCCGAAAAGACUUGAACUUGCUGCGCUACCGUCGACUGACAGGGUUUGGUCCCAAGGAGGGCUGGGUCCAACUCGUGCGACCUUAUGGCAAUCGACCUCUCCUUGUUAAGACGGAGCUACGGCCACCAGCACAGCGCUCCCACGCUGGUGCUUUCGGCAGCGGCACAAUCAUCGUCGUUCCUUUGCGAUGGGAAGCUCAGGAGGCUCUAAACCUGAUGAGGCGGCUGGAUGACUUGGAGUCUGCCGCAUUGGAGCUAUCAGGUAACGAGCGGGCUUUGAAACCCGUGAAGGUUAGGCGAGAAGAAAAGUUGAUUCCAAACCAAGUCAUUCGGCCAGACGGCUUCCCGAGCCUUGCAGACAUCGUGCUAUGCUCUGACUGUGUGUGCGAGCCUGCUUACGGCGAAAGCUGGGAAGAGCUUGUUGAGACGAUCGAAAGUGUGAUGUCUCCCGAUGGUAUUGCGAUCAUCUCCUUGAGGCGCCGUAGCUACGACGGGAUCGAGCGCUUCGUGCAGCGCCUGGCGCGCAACCUGCGCUACGAGCGCUACCGGCACCGGAGGUCUGAGGAUGCCGGGAUUGACCUGAUCUGUGCCACCUGGCCCGGGAAGCGGGAGCAGUUUGAGGACUCCGUGGACUCACCCAGGAAUCCGCGCGAGACGGAGUUUGCAGCCAUGUGCAUGUCGACCAUGGGGAUGGAAAGCCCCAAUAGCUAG